GCGGAGGGGAUGGAUGACGUCCUGGUUGCAGAAUCAGUCUCGGCGUCGCUCUGCGGCCCAGACAAGCGACUUCUUUCUCUCUGAACCUCAGUUUCCUCCUCUGUAGAAUGGGGGCCAGAAUCUGACUGUAGCGUCCUCCUUAUGGGUUAGAGUGAGAGGUCCGCUCGUGCAUGUCGGAGAUCCUAGUUAAACGCAUAGCACACUGCACACCUCGUUACAAUACUAUUUGUUAGUUUUGUGCCGAUGAUGAUGUUUACGCUUGGCGUGGAAGAUCUGGGUGCGGGAGCGCGCAAUUGGAGGCCCGCCGAUUUGGGUUCAAGUCCCAGCCCAUCUUUGUGGCGGUGGGCCUGUGCCUGAACCUCUCUGGACCUCGUUUUCCUAAUCUAUACAAUGAGAGUUAAUAGUCCUCUAUCAUAGGGUCGUUGUGAGGAUACUGAUGAAAUGUACGUGUAAAUCCCUUAGCACAGGGCUUCGCACAGUAUUGAGUAGGAGCUCAAUGUAUUGGGACUAUGAUAGUAAUGAUUCUGAGAGUUAUUGGUGUAGCUGGGACUUCCAGGGAAGUAGAGGGUAGAAGGAAGCUCAGAGACAGCAAUAGGAAAAACUCGGUAUCUGGAAUUGGGCAAAUUGACAUCCUGCCACUUCCUAUUUAACCAAUUUUGCCGGAUUUCAUACAUUUAGAUUUUUUUUUCUCUAAAAAAAAAUUUUCCUCCAGUCAGUUAAUUUGAGAAGGAAAUUUCAUAUUGGCGUACUAAUGGAAAACUAGCAUCGCAGGCCGCAAAAAGAACGAAGACGUAAUCUGAAAUCAACAGAAGCAGGAUAGUCUAUUUCAAUUGUAGACAGAAGCUGAAAGAAUUGACAAGGGAAUAUCACAGCCCCACGGACACUGUCAAGUUAUGCUCUGUUCUUCGCUCACAUUUUGCAUGUGGCUGACAUUAGUUCUCACUGUUCAGAAAAUCAGCACUGGAGAUGGGCUUUUAAUGGAAGAGAGAGACAAUUGAGUCCAGCAGGGGGACUUCUGCAGCUAUAGGGAGAGGAUACCAGUUCUCAAAGGCUUCUGGCUCCCGGGAGCAGCACCAGAGCUGGGGAGACGAUGGUCUCAGUGACUAUGGCCACUUCCGAGUGGAUCCAGUUCUUUAAGGAAGCCGGCAUUCCUCCGGGGCCUGCUGUCAAUUACGCCGUGAUGUUUGUGGAUAAUAGGAUCCAGAAGAGCAUGCUGCUGGAUCUCAACAAAGAGAUCAUGAACGAGCUGGGCGUGACUGUGGUGGGCGACAUCAUCGCCAUCCUCAAGCAUGCCAAGGUGGUGCACCGCCAGGACAUGUGCAAAGCUGCCACUGAGUCAGUGCCCUGCAGCCCCAGCCCCCUCCCAGGCGAGAUUCGCCGAGGCGCCUCUAGCGCUGCCUCUCGAAUGAUCGCCAACAGCCUGAACCGCGACUCCCCACCCGGCACUCCCCCCAGGCGGCCUGACACCAGCACCUCCAAGAUCUCGGUCACUGUGUCCAACAAGAUGGCAGCGAAGAGUGCCAAGGCUGCUGCAGCCCUGGCCCGCCAGGAGGAGGAGAGCCUGGCUGUUCCCACCAAGCGGCGCCGGGUCACUGCCGAGAUGGAGGGGAAGUACAUCAUCAACAUGCCCAAAGGCACCACCCCCCGGACCCGCAAGAUCCUGGAGCAGCAGCAGGCGGCAAAAGGUCUCCAGAGGACGUCCGUGUUCGACCGCCUCGGCGCGGAGACCAAGGCAGACACGACGACGGGGAGUAAACCCACAGGAGUCUUCAGCCGCCUGGGGGCCACCCCAGAGAUGGACGAGGAUCUGGCUUGGGACAGCGACAAUGACAGCAGCAGCUCUGUCCUGCAGUAUGCUGGGGUCCUGAAGAAGCUGGGCCGGGGCCCAGCCAAACCCAGUCCCCAGCCAGCACUGACUGUCAAAGCCAAGGCCACAAGCUCGGCCACGACGGUUGCCACCCCGACACUGCGGCGCCUGGCCCUUUCCUCACGCCCUGGGCUUGAGAGGAAGCCGGAGUCCCUGUCCAAAGUCAGCAUCAUCCAGAGACUGGGCAAGGCUGCCCUUGUGCCCGAGGCCCAGGACAGCCAGGUCACAAGCACCAAGAGUAAGUCCUUGGCCGAGGUCAAGGUCACCAUUAAGAGGACUCUGGUGGGGCCCCGGGGGAGCAGCUCCAGUGAGGGCCUGGGUGCCCAGAUGGACCAUGCGGGCACAGUGAGUGUGUUCAAAAGACUGGGCCGCAGGACCUUCUAGCCUCUGGGCGGGGCGCAGGCCCCUCUCCAGGCUCCUGGCUCCGGCAGAGGCCCCCGUGAGGCUGGCCCAGCCUUCUGCUGGCUCCCGGAUGACACUGCUUGUCUCCCUCAGGCGUUCAAGCCGGCCGAGCUUUCUGGGGAGUCACCCCAGUGUUCUGAGUCUGAGAUGGUCACUGUGACCUGGCCUUGCUGCUCUAGGACUUUCCUUUCUCAUGUCCUUUGUUCUUUCCUCUCUGACUGUGGCCUUGGCAGGACCCACUUUUCUACCUCUCCCAGAGCCAAGUGCUCUGUUCCCUCCUCCAUUCCCCUGCCUGCCCCUUGGCAGCAUCUGCUGCCUCCACCCCGGCUCCCCGGUCUCCCUGGUCCCCCAGAGUCCCCCCACCGUGCCGAUGCCCCAACUUCCCCUCGCCCCUCUACCCCUCCCCUUUCUGCCCCCCUCCCCUCUCCUUUAACUUCUCUGUCUCUCCCUCUCUUCACACUGUUCAUUUCUCUUCUGUUUUCUGUCCCCGUGGCAAGGCCCGACUGUGUGCUGCGUCCUGCCUGACCCUCCUGCACCUCCGGCCUCCCAGCGGCCCCCUCGUCGGCGGUGGCGUCGAGCCUGUAGAGACUGUUAGCUGCCCUCAUGCCCAGGCUGGAGGGACCUCCCCCGACCCUGGGCUGCAGCGGGGCGCCUCUGUUUUCCUGCCCUGGGCAUCUUUUUCUCUGAAAGCCUGUGGCGGGUGGUGGGCAAGGGUCACCGGGAAGGGAGGCCAGUGCCGAGAGAGGGAGAGAGAGAGAGAGAGAGAAGAAAACAGCUAUUUUAAUAUAUUUUUGUGACUUUCAAACCGUUUCCCUCCCCUCCUUCAGGGUGAGUCACAGGGUGGUUUUUCACACAAAGCACUAUGUAGGUGGGGGUGUGGGCGAAGGGUUGGGCUCUGUCUCUGGAGGCCAAGCUCCCUGAAGGUCAAGGCUCCACGUGGGCCAUGUCUUUGCUCCAGACCCCCAGCUGAAACGAGUAAUGGUCAUGGUUACCGUUCAGUUGGACUUCCUCUUCCCCUCACCCAGCUGUAGCGGUUCUAUCACUGUCCUUGCCCUCUGUAUAGUUCACCUGUUACUGCCACUCUGCCUGUUGGUGGCUUUCCAAACUGCACGACCCCUUGUGAGGCAGUGGGGUUCCCGUUGAUCUGAUCAUACACCUGUUCACUGCUGCACGGCCGCUACCCUGUGCUGGGCCUGUCCUAGGAGCUGGGGAUCCGUCGGCAGCAAGGCAGACCAGCUUCUGCCUGCGUGGCUGACCUCUCUGGCCAGGGAGGUGGCGGUAGAGGGAUCAAGCUGUCGGAAGAAUGGGAGGGAGGAGCAGAAGUGGCCAGGGCCUUUCCCGAUGUUGGGGGUAAAGAAGGCCUUUCAGGGGAGGCGAGGUAAGGGCUGAGCUGGGAAUGAUCAGAAGCGGCUGUGUGAGGUGCAGGAGGAGAGAGGGUCCAGGCAGGGGACACAGCCAGGGCAAAGGGUCUGCGGUAGGAGGAGCAAGGAACACGAAGGCCGAGGGGGCUGGCCAGGGAGCGAGGGGCCUGCCACAGAGCACGGGUUGGGGCAAGUGGGCAGGGACCAGAUGACCUGGGGCCUUGUGACCCGAGGUGAGGAAUUCGGACAUCUUCCAUAAGCCCCGAGAAGUGUGGGAGGGUUUAAAGCUGGCAGGUGAUGGUCUGAGUUGCCUUUUAUGAAGAUGGCUUUGGCCCCUGUGGGGGGAUAAGUUGUGGGGAGGGCAAUACCCCUGCCCUCCCCACAGCUGGGGACUUCCAUGCACACCCCCCCCACAGAGCAGGGAGGCAGCCAUGCAGAAGCCGGGACAAGAAAGGAAGUUGGCGUGGGGUGAAACAUGGGGGGGAAGGAGGUGGAUGGGCUUCAGAGGAGCCUCGGGCAGUGCAGAUGGAUGGGAAGUUGGGGCGCAGGGGGCGGGGAUCACCUAGAGGAGAGACGGGAGCCUCUAGCUGGAGGUGCUGUUUGUGGGCACUAAGAGUUUGGGGAGGGAGAAGCCGGGGGCAGGAGUGCACUGGGCUGCUGGGACUCGGAGGGUGGGGCACCUGGGCUGGAGACAGCAGCUUCGGGGAGCACUCAGGGGACUUCAAAGCCUAGGGCCUGGCGACACCAGCUGGAAAGGAGCAUAGAGACAGGAGAGGGCCCAGAAGGGACUUGGGGGCCCUUUUCUCAUGUAGAGAACAGUACUGAUAUGAUUAGCAAGGAGUGGGCUGCUGCUUGGGAGACCUAAGAGCAGGUGAGGAUGAGAUGAGACUUCAUCCAUCUUUUUUACUGUGGUAAAAAACACAUAGCAUAGGAUUGACCAUUUUAACCAUCUGUAUGGGCCCCGUCCAGUGGCAUUAAGUACAUUCCCGUUGUUGUAUAACUGUCACAACCUUCCGUCCCCAAACCUGUGUCAUCUUCCUGAGCAGAUGGUCUGUUAAUUUGUGUCAUGUCGGGGGGGGGCUGCUGUGUGUCUGGCAGCGAGCCAAGCACAGGGCCUGGGGUAUGCAGGGCUGGGCUUCGGUGUGAGGGCCGGUGGUAGGGCCCAGACGAGGCCCGCCGGGCACUGCUUGAGGUCGGAUGUCAGGAGGGCAGCAGAUGUGGACAGAGGUGAUUCUGGAGGCUGCCCCUUCGUGCUGGUGGGGUCACAAGGAGGGGCUCACACGCCUCCACACUUUCUUUGCUGUUCUUCGACUCUUGGAUUUGUUUCCCCAGUCAUUCAUUUUAGCAACUGCCAGGGUUAGUAGGAAGGCUUCCGGUUACUAAAUUUAAGAGCACUGGGGUAACUUCUUGAUGUGUAAUGAUGUAAAAACACGAAUAGCGCACUUGACCAUGAAAGGCUCCCCUGCGUGAGGGAAGUCGUGUCUCUGUUGCUCUUUAAGGGUGCCCAGAGGGGAGUAUAAUGCCCAGGGUGUCCCCCCGCUGACCGGGAGCCUCGCCCCUUGACCCCUACCCUGUGUUGUCUCGAUUGCGGGUUGGAAACAAGGACCUUUCCGAAAGACGACUGUGGGGUCCUAGGUUAGUGGUUUUGGAUUUUCUAGAGUUAUCUCCGUGUAUGUGUGCCCCCCACCGCAUCAACUUGCCAUAGGAAGCAUUUGCAGCUUCGGGAUGCCGCACACCCCAUCCCGCCGCCGUCUGCCAGCUGGACCGGAGCAGACACCCGUGGCUCCCAGCUGCUCCAGAGCCACAGAGUCCCUGCCAUUUGAUUUUGGUGAUGCCCCCACACCAACCCCCACAUCUGUGACCCACAGCAGUGUGCUGUUUUUCCUCUAGUUGUAUUUAAAUAUUUUUGAGUAUAAUAUAUUCACAUGGUUCAAAAUGCAAAGGAUACAAAAGGCUUUAGGGUAAAGAGUUCCUUCCUGAGUCUCCUAGCCCCCGGUUCCAGAGGCCACCAGUGUCCCCAAUAUCUUGAGGAAUCCUUCCAGAGAUGUGUUUAUGGUAUAUGUACUUUGCAUACACACACACACACACACGCACACUCCUAUUGGCAUACGGGCAGAGG